AUGUAAACAACUUUACCAAUUAUAAGAUUGUAAAGUGAGUACCCAUUUAAAAAGGUUAUUAGUCCUGAAAUUGAGUUACCAGCAGAAUUUAUAUUAGUUGAAAAAGCUGGAUAAGGCAGUUUCGGUGAAAUUUAUAAAAUUUAUAACACAAUCACAAAAACUUUACAUGCUUGUAAAGUAGAAUUUAAAGACACACUACAAUAAAAUCAAUAAUCAUUAUUAGUUAAAGAAUAUAAUACAUUAGUAUAAUUGAAAGGAAUACAAUAUAUUCCUGAACCUUAUUAAUUAGUUUAAUAGCAAGAAUACAAAUUAAUUAUGAUGCCAUAUUAUGGUUCAGGUAUAUGUGUAUUAAAUUUGAAGGGAAUUUGGAAGAGUUGCGUAAAAAGUAACUGCAUGAGAAGUUCUCAGAAACUUGUAUAAUUAGAUUGGCUUAUUGUAUAAUUAGUGCAAUAGAAUCAGUUCAAGAAAGAAAAUUUAUACAUAGAGACAUCAAACCUGAGAAUUUCUUAGUAGGUAGUUGUGGAGAUCACCAUAAUGUUUAUUUAAUAGAUUUUGGAUUAGCAAAACCAUAUAUGGAUGCAUAAGGUAUUUUUAAAGUAAAAAUUAGGAAUGCAUAUUCCUAAAGCAGAGAAUAAGGGAAUGGUAGGAACUGCAAGAUAUACAAGCAUAAAUUCACAUUUAGGUUCAGAAUAGAGUAGAAGAGAUGAUUUAGAAGCAAUGUGUUAUGUUCUUAUGUAUUUAUAUAAUGGAUAGCUACCAUGGCAAAAUUUGUCUUGUUAAACUAGAUAAGAGAAGUUUUUAAAAAUAUUAGAGGCAAAAUAGAAAUUGGCCAUAGGUUAAUUAGAAAUUAAUAUUCCUACAGUAUUAAAACAAAUUUAUGAUCAUUCAAAAGGAUUAAGAUUUGAUGAAUAACCUAAUUAUACAAAGAUGAAAGAAUUAUGUAAAGAAGGAUUUAAUAAAUCUAGUAAAUAUUAAUUAAAUUAGGACCUUACUGUUUUGAUUGGUGUACAUAAGAUUGUAAAUUAAAACCUUAUAAUGAUAUGAAUGAUGGAUUUAAAGAAUAUGCAAAUGAAUUUUGGACAAGUAAAUAAUAAUAAAAAGGGUAAAUAACUGAUUAAUUAUGGAGAAGUAUUAAUAAGAUAUCGACAGUUUAAUAAAUGAAGGAAGAGGAUGAAUAGUCCUUAAAUGAAUUUCCUAACAUUCAAACAAUUAAAUCGUUUUACAAAAACAAGAAACCUUGAA